UAUUUAUUCUUGAUUGACUCUCAUCACCAACGAAUAUGUACUAGUAAUUUCUACUAACAAGCGAGGAAGAAGCAAGAGAAAUUAUAACGCGAAAUUCACUUCUUUGGAACGUAUAUUUUUUUUUCUUUCAGCAGCCAAUGGCGAAAAGGCUGCCAUUGAUUUUCCUCCUUACUUCACAUUUUUUAGUAUCGGGAGUGUUGUCCAUGAGUAUCCUUACCAUAGAGAACAAGUGCAAUCACACAGUUUGGCCAGUUAUCUUCUCAUGGAACGUUGACUCACAAGUCUCCCCAACAGGCUUUGCUCUCAGAAGAGGGGAGGCUCGAGCCCUACAGGCGCCAUCUUCAUGGUACGGUCUUAUCUCGGCUAGGACGCUAUGCUCCAUCGACUCAACAGGAACAUUCUCUUGCGCCACAGGAGACUGCGAAUCGGGUACGAUCGAGUGUCCUGGCAAUUACGGUUGGGCUCCGGUGACUUAUGUCUACUUUAGAAUGAACAGCUACACCAUCAGUGUUGAGUACGGUUACAACCUUCCACUAAUGGUGGUCCCUUCACAGCGUAGCCGGACAUGUAUCAGCGCUGGUUGCGUUGUUGAACUGAAAAAGACUUGUCCAAAAGAUCUUAUGAAAAUGUCCAGAGAAAAUCUAGUCGCCUGUAGUAGCACGUGCAUGGAGUUUGAUACUCCGGAGGCUUGUUGCACCCGAGACUUCAAGUCAAAGCAAAACUGCAAGCCGACAGUGUACACGCAGAACUUUGAGCGAGCUUGCCCACUCGCUCAUAUCUACGCCUAUGAUGAUAACAAUAGCACCGUUACAUGCCUAAACUCUACUGACUACGUCAUCACGUUUUGUCCUUCAAACAAAACUAAUUAGAGUUGAAUAAAUAUCCCCUCUGAGCUUUUAUUUCCAUUUUUCUAGGGGUUGAUUACGUCAAAAAAUCAUAUGUUCCAACUUCGACUAGUCAAUCGAAACAUGUUCUUUGAGUCAAUGUGUGUAAUUUCCUUUCUUUAAUAAAUUAUAAAAAGAAUUUGUGUUCCACCUACUUA